AUGUGGUUCUUAUGGGACUAUCGGCUGCGAAGCCCACUCUGUUCUCUGGCACUGUGUGUACUGGCAUACAGCACUCCAUCGGCCGACCUUCAUGUUUGGCAUCGCAUUGCCUUCAGUCCAAGCAAACUGCUGUUGAGCUUCUCCGCUCCUGAAGUGGAAGCAGGGUCAACUUCACAUCGGCUGGAGCUACAGCUGAAUGCCCUGCAGCUGCGCCUCCUCUCUCCGCCGCUCUGCUCGCUGGUGGCGGCCUCAACCUCCUUCACAAGCUGUUCGCUCACGGACACGCGAUCACUCGCUUUCGAUCUUGCAGAAGUGCCGUCGAAUGACACAAACUGGAUCGAGCUUGAAGCGGAGAAUCUGGCCCCUGCAGCCCUUCGCAGCUGCGAGGGCCGUGCUGCUCUGGGCGGCAGCUUUUUCGUCAAGAUCGGCGGAAGCUUGAAUGAAUCUACUGCCAGCACAGACAGCCUGGAUACGGAUGUGGACAAAUGUUGCCGACAGGACUUCGGUACCUGCCAUACCUUCGCAACGUUGGAGGAAUGUGAGCUGCAGAAGUGGGCAGUGGAGUGCUACAGCUGCGAGGUGAACAGUGAUGCCUUGGGUUGUCCAGAGUUUCCAUCUGAAGUGGACGGCUACUUCAUCCACUCGGAUGAGGCGGCUUGCGCAAGCACACCGAUCUCCAGCUCAACUGCAUCAUCUGUAUCCGACUGUGCAGCGAGCUGUAGGGCGACAACCGCGUGCCAGGGCUUUAGCCUGUCUGCCGGGACGUGCUCGCUGGUUCCGACAUGCUGUCCAGGUGAUGCAGUGCCACAGAGCGAUAGCUUCAGCUUUGCAGCUGCGGAUUGUGGACAGAACGUCUGGCAGUUUUCUUUGGUGCUUCGCUGGCAAACGCCGGAAGGCACAGCUGCCGCUUACGACUACGGCACCAAGGAUGCCUCUGGACCAGGACGGCUUCCUCUGCUGCCACAAAGCCUUGCAGGGCUGCGUGGAUUCGUCAGUAGCUUCAACGCUGCAAUCACUCCGGACGUGGGUCUGACGCCGACAGGCUCCUCCGUUACCCUCGAGCUCAACUUUCAGUCGCCGGCCGGAUUUGGACUGGGAGAUGUCCUGACAUUCGCUCCACUCCCAUUGUCACCUUUCGAUCUGAACGUGCUUGCAGACACCUCCAUAGUAGAAGUUGCGGGGGCGUCUGCGCGCCUGAUCUACACGGACCUGCCGGGCAGCAUGGACUGCGUCUGGUUCCGCGCCGGAGGCUUCCGAGUGAACGGUGUGAAAUGCACUGCCGGAGCAGACUUUUCGAUUUCACCUGGACAGCAGCCCUUCAGUCUCCGCCUUGAACUCCCGAUGCCCAUGUAUGGUCUCUCGGCUGACUGGGCACUGGCCCUGGAAGCCUCCACCACAGGCCGAGGCAGCGUGGCUUUCGCCUCGGACGUGCUGGCUCUGACUCCUCCGGCCAGACUGCAACAGCUACGCUCCGCAGUGCAGGCAGCUGGGACACAGACGACUGUGGAGCUGGCCGUUCAGCUCGGACUGUGGGCUGGGCAGGUGGAUGUAUUCAUCACAGCUCCAUCUCUGGCGCUUCGCGACGUGACGAGCUGCACAGCAGCGCCUGGCAGCGCCCUGCUGGCUGUGGAGGUGGCUGUGUGGGAUGGGAUCGGAUGCCGACUUAGCCAGGUAACCAAUCCAGAUCCCCUGGCAGAGAUACGUCUCAGAUUGGAUGCCGAGAAUCGUGGAACGGUAGCAGGAACCCGGGAUGUGUUGACCAUGAUGAUCAACUGGGCUUCGCGGACGCACUUCGCUGCGGCCAGAGAAGCGUAUUCCAUAGUUCCGGAGUUUGGCGGAGAGCUCGCUAACCCUGCUGCCGGCGCUGUGCUGGCUUUCUCUGUCCGUGGUUCUGUCAGCCCCUUGACGGUGCAUUUCCCAACCGCCGUGGACACGGCGUACUAUGCUACAUGUGGCGCAGACAUGCAGCUGCAGCUCUCCCUCAUGAGGCUCCCGGCUCCGCUUGCCCAAGCGGCAAAAACUGGUGGAUGGCGCGUCCCAGAGAAGACUCUGCAGGGCACUGCAGCUUUGGGUGGAUGGCCAGCCGGAUACGUGGCGAUGCAGAUGUUCCACCACAAGACGAAGAAACAGAGCUUUCGCGUUGGCUACCAUGCAGCCACGGCCUGUAAUGUGGGCCUGUGUUCUGCGGGUCUUGCCAGCUGUGUUGGGGCGGCUGGGCGAGCGGUCGGGCAAGCCAACCACCGCAGCCCACCGCCGCGGCCACGUGGUCGGGGUCGCGGUCGUGCGCGGCACUGA